CUGCUGGGGCGCUACCCCUCUGUGUAUGGACCGCCCCUCCCAAUGUAUACCGAGGCUGCUGGGGAAGCAGCUGUUGUGACUCUGAUGGUCGAGUGAAGGGCUGAUUGUUGUGUGUGUAAGGACAGUUAAUUUGGUUGGUUGGAGUGAUCUGGUACAAAAUGAAGCCCAAAAUUGUGUACAAACCAAUUUCCUCUCCGGAGGAACAAGACCCUGUGGCUGUGCAAGUGGCUCAACUGCAAGAAAAUGCCCGCAGGUAUUAUCGCUGUGCACUUGUUGUCGCCUUUCUGGUCACAGUGCUGUUCUGUCUGAUGGCUGCUCAGCUUCUUCUAUUUCCACUGCUCUGUACAAGCUCCACAACGGAGACCGAGACCAUGACUAGCCAAGACCAGGGGUGCAAUGAUGCCUGCAAUAUGGUUCUUGUGGAGAGCAUACCGGAAGGGCUGGUGUAUCCUGAAAAUUCCACCUCCAACCCCUCAGUAUUUCAGACAUGGUUGGACCUUUUAAACGAGGCCAAGAGCAGCGUGGACAUUGCAUCUUUCUACUGGACAAUGACCAACAAUGACACUGGUACACAUCAUCCCUCAGCUGACCAGGGGGAAAGGAUCCUGCAAGAGCUUUUGAAGCUGAAGCAGCGAGGUAUUGCCUUGAGAGUGGCAGUCAAUCCACCUAGAUCCUCCAAGGCCUAUGCUGACAUUGACGCUCUAAAAGAAAGUGGAGGCGAGGUUAGAGUUGUUGACUUGCCCCAUCUGACGAACGGUGUACUGCACACAAAAUUCUGGGUAGUGGAUGGCAAGCACUUGUAUAUUGGCAGUGCCAACAUGGACUGGAGAUCAUUAACACAAGUGAAGGAAUUGGGAUCGUCUGUCUAUAACUGCAGCUGUCUAGCCCAAGAUUUGGAGAAAAUUUUUGAUGUCUACUGGACACUUGGGACACCCAAUGCCACCAUUCCUUCUCCAUGGCCAGACAAGUUUUCGACCCUUUAUAAUAAGGACACACCUAUGGAAAUGACUGUGAACAAUACACAGACGUUUGUCUAUCUCUCUAGCUCCCCUCCACCACUUUCUGCAAAGGGAAGGACGGAAGACAUUGACGCCAUUUUGAGUGUUAUAGAUGAUGCCAAGAAGUUUGUUUAUAUCUCGGUUAUGGAUUAUACCCCCACGGAGGAGUUUAGUGAACCCAGGAGGUUCUGGCCGGAAAUCGAUAAUCAUCUAAGGAAAGCAGUUUAUGAAAGAUAUGUAUCUGUACGACUGUUGAUAAGCUGCUGGGCAAGUUCGAAACCACCGAUGUUCCCCUUCUUGAGCUCCCUGGCUGCUCUGAAUAGUAGCAAGCCCCAUUACAACGUAGAAGUGAAAAUUUUUGUGGUUCCUGUAUCGCCAGAGCAAAAACACAUCCCCUUUUCCAGAGUGAAUCACAACAAGUAUAUGGUGACUGACAGAGUGGCAUAUAUAGGAACCUCCAAUUGGUCUGGAGACUAUUUCAUCCGCACAGCGGGAUCGGCACUGGUGGUGAAUCAGACCUGCGCCACCAACACCACAAACACUAUGCAGAAACAGCUUCACGAUGUGUUCAUGAGAGACUGGAGUUCCAACUACAGCCACCCCAUUAAUACAAUGAUCGGAUUUAAAAAGAAGUGCCUCUUCCAAUGACCUUUUUUAUGGAGGUGAUCAGUACAACACCUAGGAACCCCGGCAUGGUUCCCUACAGCAGUGACCACUAGAGAUGAGCACACUGAUCUGCUGAGUUUGGGAUACAACACAUAGUGGACAUUUGUCCACCGCCUGUGAUUCCAAUGGGAAUUUAAAUUUGAUGCCAAAGUUUUAUUUUUUUUAAUAUGAUUUUAGUGGUGUGGGUAUGUAGAGGGAUAUAGUUUUAUCUAUCAUUAGGUGUUGGACUCCUUGCCUGUAAAUGAAAGUUAAAUCAAAAAGAAAAACGAAUGCCAGCUUUUUAGAACAAAACUUUAUUAUGAAUAGAAACACAUUCCCAAUCUUUUCCAUUUGAUGAAUGUGUUUAUGAAAAAAAAAUGUUAAAAGAGGUUUUUGACGUUUUUUUUUGUCCUCCACUUGGUCUUCUUCUAGGACUGGAGGCUCCAGCUGAAUGAGUACAUUUUAAAGUGUAUGAAAAACUUAAAAUGGUCGUAAAGGCAGAAGGGUUUUUAUCUUCAUGCAUUCUAUGCAUGAAGAUCAAAAGCCUUCUGUGUGCAGCAGCCCCCCCCCUAAUACUUAACUGAGCCCCCUCUCUAUCCAGCGAUAUCCACAAGUCCCUUGCUCUCUGGGACUCUCCCUACUGAUUGGCUGACACAGCAGUGGCGCCAUUGGCUCCCGCUGCUGUUAAUCAAAGGAGAGAGAGAGAGAAAGAUAAACGAACCACAGCUU